CCUCUUGUGGUACUCUUUUUCCUUUUCUUUCUUCCUGCUCCUUACGCUUCACCGGUUUGAAGAAGUCUGGUCUCGUUGUUGCCUGUUGUUCAUUCUUUCAUUCCUUUCUGGCUUUGGUCCAUUACGCUCAUUGAGUAUCAUUGGCAUACGACUUGCUUCCGUAGACUGCUUCCACACAAUCGAUCCUCACACAACGACACCGAAGAAGAGACAUUUCGCUAGACGACUUGCACAAUCCUUCUUGAACGGACAGACCACCACUACAACCACACGAGGCCCACGCUCCCAUUCUUCUACAAGAACCAUGCGUCUUCCCAGCCUCUUCGCCGCAGGCGGCGCCUUCAUCUCCCUCGCCGCCGCAGUCCCAAUGCAAGAGAACAAACGAGACGUCGUCUGGACGACGAAGCUCAAUAUCGUGUACGAAACGGUGUGGGUGACUACCACCCUUCCCGGCGUGGCUCCAUCUCCGGCAGCUCAAGCUCCCGCACAAGGUGGUGGAGGCGGCCAACCCUCCCCCAACACCCACACGGUCACGGUGGAGGUGUCGCGCGCUCCGGUCCAGACGGAAGGCGCGGCGAGCGAGGCUAGCCGGGUCAACUCUCCUGCGCCGACGCCUACGUCUAGCGUUCAGACUCAUCACCGCCAUCAUCAUCACCACCACCAGGCUGCUUCACCCAGCAGCACGGGAGAUGACACUCCUACCCGGUCAUUCCCCACUCCUACUCCUGUUCCCAUCCAAACUACCAGCAGCGACUCCACUCCCACCCGUACGCAGGCGACCACGACGGCUGGAAACGCCGGCGGCUCCUCUCCCACCAGCCCGAGCGGCAGCAUACACACCGGCGACAUCACCUACUACGCCCCCGGCCUGGGCUCAUGCGGCAUCACGAACAGCGCCAGCGACCACAUCGUCGCCCUCGCGGCGGACAUGAUGACGCCCAUGAACCCGCCGAACCCCAACGACAACCCGCUGUGCGGCCGCUCGAUUACCAUCAGCUACGGAGGCAAGACGGCCGUCGCGACGAUUGAGGAUACUUGUCCCGGGUGUUCGGGCGCGAGUUUGGACUUGACGCCCAGCUUGUUCCAGAUCUUUGAGCCGCUGGCGGUGGGCAGGGUCAGUGGGGUUGAGUGGUGGUAUAACUAGAUGGGAUGGAGAGAUGGGGAGGAGGUUUGCGGCGGGCACUGGAUGCUUUGCAGAUGAUAUCACGAAUGCAAUGGAGUACUGUUAGAGUAAGGGAGUCUUUUGAUUGGUGAUUUGUCGGAGUAGUGAUGAGCUUAGCA